AUGUCAAGCACUACCCGUGAAGAUUCUGUCUACCUCGCCAAGCUCGCAGAGCAGGCUGAGCGUUAUGAAGAGAUGGUCGAGAAUAUGAAAGCUGUCACAUCACUUGGCGAGGAGUUGAGUGUUGAAGAGAGAAACCUUUUAUCGGUGGCUUAUAAGAAUGUGAUUGGAGCCCGUCGUGCUUCGUGGAGAAUCGUGUCGUCCAUUGAACAGAAGGAGGAGAGUAAGGGUAACGAGGUACAAGUGGCUCUUAUUAAGGAAUACAGACAAAAGGUUGAGGCCGAGCUUGCCAAGAUCUGUGAAGAUAUCCUCGAGGUUCUUUCGAAAUACUUGAUUCCAUCUGCUCAAACUGGUGAGUCCAAGGUGUUUUACUACAAAAUGCAGGGCGAUUAUCACCGUUAUUUGGCCGAGUUUGCUGUUGGUGAUAAGCGUAAAGAAGCUGCUGAUAAGUCGCUCGAGUCGUAUCAAUCCGCUUCGGAAAUCGCCGGUGUCGAGUUACCUCCUACUCAUCCUAUUCGUCUUGGUUUGGCUCUUAAUUUCUCGGUGUUCUACUAUGAAAUCCUUAACUCGCCCGAUCGUGCUUGUCAUUUGGCCAAAUUGGCUUUUGACGACGCCAUUGCCGAGCUCGACACUUUGUCCGAGGAGAGUUACAAGGACUCCACUUUGAUCAUGCAAUUGCUCAAAGAUAACCUUACUUUAUGGACCGGUGAUAUGUCUGAAGUUGCUCCUGAGGCCCCUGAAGAGCCUGUUGCUCCUGCUGCUGCUGCUGCUUCUGGUGUUAAGGACGAGUCCGAGCCUAAAGAUGCUGCUGUUGCCGAAUAG